CGGAAGUACACAAAAUCAAUUAUCACCCACUUCUUACUUUUAUGAACAUUUCACACUUUGAAUUGAUUAUUGCCAACAAUCGUGAUGAAUACUUUGUGCGACCGACAAAGCCUGCUGGAUUCUGGGAUGAUGCUCCUAAUUGUAUAAGCGGUCUCGACCAGCAAGCAGGCAAAGAGGGUGGAACUUGGCUUGCUCUAUCUACCAAUAACAAAAUAGGAGUUCUCCUUAACAUUCUCAGUAACGAUGGAGUGGAUAUAGUUGGAGCUAAGAAAGGAAGAGGAUUUCUAGUAACCAACUUCAUGCCUACAUCCACAAGUGCAAAUGACUACCUCACAGAAAUAGAAAAAGAUGGCGCUGGCUACAAUCCAUUUAAUCUAGUCUUGUUUGAAAAACUUGUAGAUUCCGAUAGAUGGAAGAUGCAUUACUACAAUAAUGAAGACGAACACACUCACGAGGUUUAUGACCACGGGAUAUACAGCAUGAGUAACAGUACGAAUCGUAAACCUUGGAACAAAGUGCUCCAUGGGAAAGAUCGCAUGAAAUCCAUCAUUGAUCAAUUUGCUGCUGACAAAGAUAAAACCAAUCAUAAAGAGGAAUUAAAGAUGGCGCUGCUAGCGAUGCUCAAUGACGAUACAAGUCAUAUGCCAGAUCCCCAGUUAGAAAGUCAAGGACGUCAGCUGUCUCCAGCUUGGUUGAAAUCCCGAAGUGCAAUAUGUGUCAAACCAACAGAGGGUAUCAACUAUGGGACCAGAACUAAUACAGUGAUCAUCAUAGAUAGCGAGGGACAAUGUGAAUAUGUAGAGAGGACUAUGAAAGAACGCAUCAAUGCAGACUCUGUACAAUGGACCACCAGUAAUUACACAUUCCAAAUGGAAAAUAACAGCAAAUAGGGAUCACUUUGAACAUAUUUACAUACAAAUAAAACGAUAAAAUUGCAAAAUGUCUAUACAUUUGUUGUAGAUGCUACUACAUUAUAAUAAACAGUGGUAUUUUGUCAAAAGUCAAUUUGAUUACACUCGAAGGAAGUGUAAGUUGUCACUCUUUAUUUUUGUGACUGAAAUUCCCUUCAAAAUAUCCCCGCUCAUCACCCUAAUUUCCUAAUUUUGAGAGAAUAUGUUUUGAGA